CUACGCGGGUCUUUCCCCUACUGCGUUACUCCCCUCCAGCUCAUCAGCAAUGGAAAUAUUUAGAAAAUAUUUAGGUGGUUCGACGGAAUCAGACGAGGUUGUUGGAGCUGAUAUUGUGGAUAAGCUUGUAGAUCGCUACCAGUCUUCAACUAGAAUUGAUGACAAGAGGGAUGCUUUACGGGCCCUGAAAGCGAUUUCUAAGGUGUUUAGAAGUACCGAUUGGAGGUUGGAACCCAAGCAAUGAUUAUCUUCUCUUCAGUCCUGAAAAAUGAUUGGGAGGAUUCGGAUUGUGUAUGUUACGCCUUGGAAGGCCUUUAUUCUGUGAUGAACGAUGAAAUAAGCGAACAAGUUGAACCUCAUGAGUUAGUCAAUAUACCAACUGACCUGGGUGUACAGUUCACGGAAAUGUAUAUGAAGAACACUGAAAAUUACCAAACUUUAUUGUCACUUUUGGAUGCACCUGAGAGUUUUAUUCGACGGAACGCUAUGCGGUUGCUUACAGUGCUUUCUAUCAAUCGUCUAAAAGAUACUCAAAAUGCUCUCCUUCAGUGUCGUACCGGAGUUUCAAAACUUGUGGAUAUACUUUCAGACACUCAUGAAGUUUUACGGAAUGAUGUCAUACUUCUUCUAACGGAACUCACCAAAGCAAAUGCUAACAUCCAGAAAAUAGUAGCCUUUGAAAAUGCUUUCGACUGGUUACUGAAAAUCAUAUAUUCUGAAGGUCUGUGUGAUGGUAGUGUGGUUGUAGAAGAUUGUCUUCGUUUAUUAUUUCAAUUGUUAGACGGUAAUCCAUCUAACCAAGUCUUGUUUGCAGAAGGGAAUUUUAUUCAGCGUCUUUCGCUUUUAUUUGACUUGCAUUCUACUGAAAGUACACAGUCACACCUUUGGUCUGCACAGAAAGUUGUCAAUGCGGAGGUAGCUAUGCAGGUUGUUCAAACCUUGGUAGCGCCUUGUAAUAAAGCUCAAUUAACGCGAAACUGCCAGAAUGUGAUUUAUGAUUGUGGUCUUCUAGAAAAACUAUGUAAUAUUGUGAUGAUUAGUGGUGUUCCAGCAGAUGUCCUAACAAAAUCAAUCUAUGCUUUAGCGGACUCAAUACGUGGAUGCCCAAGAAAUCAAGAAUAUUUAGCAAAUUUAGUUACACCUUCAGAGCCCCCUCAAUCUGCUGUGAAUGUGCUACUCGUAUCUAUGUUAAAUAAGCAUCAAUCUGUAGUUGUGCGUGUAGCUGCGCUAUACUGCUUUCAAUGUUAUCUUGCUUCCAAUCAUCAAGGACAGAAUGGAAUUGUGAUGACAUUGCUGCCUAAACCUAAUGAUGUUCCACAGCUUGGUGUUAGCGCUGGUCAGUUGCUUUGUGGAGGAUUGUUUUCCAGUGAUUCAUCAGCUUGGUUUUCUUCAAUAGCUCUUCUUCAUUGUAUCCAUGAUAAUGUACAGCUUAAAAAAGAACUUUUGCGCGUACAUUUAUCUCCUAAUGAAGGAGCUCUACCUGUUACCCUUUUUCAUCAGUGCUUUAUAUGGCAACAACAGUGUAAUCGUUUUCAAACUCGCAUGGGUUUACUGCAAUUAUUAUGUACUUGGUUCACAAACUGUUCUGAAGCAAUAAGAUGUUUUUUAAAUCCAUCAUCCGGUACAGGAGAUGAUCAGACAGAAUCAGUGAAUCGUGGCUCGUAUUUAUGGACGCUUAUUGCAGAAGCAUGCGCAGUGGAUAAUGACGAAAAUGAAGCAUUAGUUCACGGUUUGACUACAUUAUUAGUUUGCAUCUGUGUAAUUUACAAUCCUGGGAAUGUAAAUGGAUUUGAAAGAUCAACAUUAUAUAAUGCCCUGGAGAAACGUAUCGGGAUAGAUAUGAUUUUAGAACGCCUAAGUCAAAUAUCCAAAGCUGAAUCAUUUAUUACAGCCUCAAAAAAACCUCAAAUAUCUGUUCAGUCUACUGAUGAUUUAAUAUUUGAUUAUACAUUUACACGUUUAUUCAAACGAUUAGAAUAUGAAGUAAUGCAUACAUUCCAGUUGGACAGUAGUAUUAAUGGAGUAAAGAAUUGUACUUCAUUUAGUGAUAAUCACCAAAAUAGUAAACCCGUUGAUCCUACAAUUACAACAAUAAGUAAACAAUAUGACGAGAAGCUGGCAAGACAGGAGAAUGAGAUAACGAUGUUGCGUAAUCGUAUAAGUGUAUUAGAAUCUCAGCUGAAUACUUGUCGUUCUACAAUUAAUAGUAAUACUCCAACUGAUGCAAAACAGAAUAACGUGGUCAAUGAAGAUCAACUACAAAAAUUAACCAUAACUGACAAUGUUACUAUUCAAAAUUUAGAACAGAAGUGUUUAAUGCUUGAAAAAGAACGGGAUAAUCUACGUGGUGAACAUGAAGAUUUAUUAUUACUUUUAAAUGAUCAAGAUGUAAAAAUUAUGAAAUUGUGUAAACUUGUUAGAGAGUUAGGCGGUCUUGUAAGUUGAUAGUGAUAACUUAUUGAUAUAUUCACUCUGUUAAAUUUAUUAUUAUUAUUAUCGCUUCCUGUAGUGAGGGGUGGGCUAGUGGUUAUAAAACUGCUUUCAAAUAUAAUAAACUGAGCGGUGUGUGUGAAUUCUAGGCUUGCUGUACAUAACUGGAUCUAACCAACUGAGUACUUAUACCUGUUCUUGAUUAUUGAACACAUCCCAGCAAAAUGUAAUACAAGAUGCCUGCGUCGUUGUAUAUAAUUUUACUUAUUUUAAUUUAAUGAGUGGAAUCUCAAUUUUAAUGUUACGUUCUACACAUUGAUUAAAUUUUUAUUUGGUCAAUUGCAGUCCUCAAUAUCAAUGGAAAGGUUCAGAUAACCAAUAUGUAUCAAUUAGAAUUCACUCCACUCUAUUUAAAACUUUAACGUUUUUCCAGUCGAAUGUGUGUCCACGGUUGUCCAUAAGCAUUAAUAUAAGCGACGAUAUGUGAUGUUACCAUGACAAAUCUGGAAAAUCAUAGGCAAGUAUCGGACGAAGAAUCAAAUUAAAAAGAUGCAAUCAAAACAAAGAAGUAGAAAACGAUGGGUUAAAGGUCAACAAUAACCAAUCAAGAUCGAGGUCGACAGAACAAGCUGUGAAUCAUAUGUAGAGGAAUUCGAACAAUUCUACCUGAAGUUUGUGCUGAUGAUUUUGUUCAAAAGAACAAUCAAAGAUUCACUACCAAACUAUCCAGCUCAGAGAACAAAACUUUACCAAAAUCAUCCGCCUGAGCUAAAAAUCUCCAUAAUCCUAUUUGUUCCGUUAUAACAUAAUAAUUUCAUUCAUUAUUCAGUUUGUUCUACUUUUAGUGUAGUAUCAUUAAAUUCAGUUCUGAUUGCGGUAUUUUUGUUUUGAUUAAGUCAAUGAACGGUUAUCAACUACUUUAUUUUCCUGUCGAGAGAAUAUAAUUUAUUCAGUAAGCCAACUAACAUUCUAUUAUGACACAUUUCGUUUAGUAGUAUGCUUUUUGGUGUACGUGUUACUCACUUAGUUUAACUUUACUGGUACUAAUCAAUCAAGUAACUUUUAAAGUUCCGUUAUCCACUUGGAAACUUUUUACUAAGCUCAGGUGAUUUUACAUCAUCUUUAACACAUUAUUUCUGAAAUCACUAAAUUUAUCUAAUAAAUUAUCAGUAAUUCUACAUGUAGAGUGAAUUUGUUCAACUUAGAUGUUCUAGUAGCGAAGGAUAUCAAAUCCGCGUUACAGAAAUGUUAUUAUCAAAGAUACUAAAGCACAUCUAGUCUUUGAAUUAAAAAUAGUACUUAAUGAUUUUCAAUGUUAACAACAACAUUAUAAGAGCUAGAAAAAUCAACGAUGUAUUCUUUUGUAUCCAGUUUCUAGUUAUGUCUGUUUUGUUAAAGCUAUAAAAUAUAACAAGUUUUCUUUAUAUUUUUCGAGAAAAAAAUAUACUAAUUUAUUUUGUUGUAUUUUAAAAUUAUUUCUUUUGCCAGAUACCAAACGAUAUUGAAUUAAAUAAUGUUAGUGAUUCACAAGUUACAGAUAAUCGUCAUAAUCAAUUAAGUAAUGAAAAUACUAAUCAAUCAUUAUCCACAUUUCAAACAAUUCCUUCAACUCUUCAACCAGAUACAUUACAGUGUCCAACAAAUUUCUCAUUUACAACUUCUGAACUAACUUUAUCAUCUAAUUCAAUAAAUAUUUCAACACCAUCAUUAUGUUGUGUUUACGAUGAUAAUAAAUUACUUCAUACAUCACCGCCUCCAUUAUUAUCUCAUACUAAUUCUAUACAAAAUGUAAUCAUGUCAACAACAGUAACAACAAGUCAAUAUUACUGUCCACAAGUAUAUUUUAAUGCUGUAACACGAAACUAUUCAUGUUCACCAUCAUCUACUUCAGUAACAUUGUAUUCUACUAAUAAUUAUCCAAUGAUAUCAUCGAAUUCAUUGAAUAAUGAUCAUUUGAAUUCAUAUACAAAUACACAAUAUUUUAAUGUUAAACAAUAAUAAAACAUUAAUUGAAAAGAAUACAUUUUAAAACUUCUAAUAUUACACAUGAAAUAAUUGUACAUUACUUUAAUGCAUCAUAUGAUGCCUACGGUUUUUUCUUAUUUGAUUCAUUCCUCUAUGAAUAAAUGAAUAGAAACUUAUUUUUUAUGUGUAAAUGCGUUAUUUCAUCUUAUUUAAUUGUUAAUUUGUUUAACUUUCUUUUUACUUUGAUUUUCUUUUCUUUUUUAUUUGAUGUUUUAGGUUCGCUGUUUCCGCUUUUUUUUUCCCUAAAUAACAACCCCAAAAUAUUGUGUUGUGCUUAUGAUUGUAUCUUCAACUUCUUUUCUUCUUCUUCUCCUCAAUAUUUUCUAAUAUAAAAAUUUGUUUGUUCUCAAGAAAAGGAAUAAAUUUUUUUUUAAAAAAAAUUGAUUUAUA